AUGGCAUUCAAGACGCUCCUCUCGCUUGUCUCCCUGGUGACAUUUGCCAGUGCGCACUUUUCGAUAUCUUACCCAGAGCCGCGAGGUGUUUUCGUUAGUGCCGAUGAAGUGAAGUUUUGUGACGGAUAUACCAAUGCUGCAAACAACCGCAGCGACUUCCCACUUUCAAAUGGCUUCAUAAAGUUGGAUAACCAUCAUUCUGAGUGGACAGCGUCCGUGCUCAUUUCCAUCGACCAAAAUCCUACAGACUUUGCAGCGUUCAACACCUCUUCAAGUGGAGUACAGUUGCCACUCGCCGUUAACUUUUUCUCGUCUCGUGGUGCUGGCGAAAUCUGCAUCCCCGUCGAUGUCGCUUCACUCAGUAUUCCCGGCGUUAGUGACGGUUCGAACGUUACUCUUCAAGCUAUGUUCGCAGGUGCCGAUGGAAAUCUCUUCCAAUGUGUCGACGUUACGCUGCGAGCAAACGCGAGUAUUCCCUCGGAUGUCACUUGUACUCGUACGGUGAAUGGUACGGUGGACACAGCACCAUCAUCUACGUCAACGUCAGCUACGUCCACAGACACGAGCGGU